AUGGUUCGCGAGGAUGGGCAGGGGCAGUCUUCGUCCAGCAAUGAGCAGCAGCACGCGAUAAGGCAGCCCAGCGCGCUCUUCCAACGCGACGUGCCCGGCAUCACCUACGAUCAGUAUAGUCUCGAGAAGGAGAAGGAGUUCCUCCCGCAGAUACGCGAAUUGAUAACGAAAGAUCUGUCGGAACCGUACAGCAUCUAUGUCUACCGCUACUUCCUCUACCAAUGGGCCGAGCUGUGCCUCAUGGCACUCGACGACGAACGCAGAGUAGUCGGAGUAGUCAUCUGCAAGCUAGAGCCACAUCGAGGAGGGCCACUGAGGGGCUACAUCGCCAUGCUGGCAACCAAGGAAGAGCAUCGAGGCAAAGGCAUCGCUACCACGCUGGUCAGCAAGGCCAUCGACCUCAUGAUCGAGAAAGAUGCCGACGAAAUCGCCCUCGAGACAGAAGAGACAAACACAGCGGCCAUGAAACUAUAUGAGAAGCUUGGGUUCCUACGGAGCAAGAAGCUACAUCGCUACUAUCUGAACGGGAACAGUGCAUAUCGUCUACUGCUCUACCUGAAGCCAGGUGUUGGAGCGAUGCAGCCUGGCUACGAUCCUUAUAACGACAUGCCGCCCAGCGCUGGUGAUCUACCGCCUGACGAUGCAAGACAUCAGCUGUAUAAGGAGGAACCAACAUGA